UCCGACAUUUUCAGGCGAACGCGCUCCAAUUAUUUUUGUUUUGCUUAUACCUCACCUGCAUUACGGUACAUUAGCGUUCACCUGUUGAUUGUUUUUUUUUUUUUCAUUCUGCCGCUGAGUAAAAAAAAAGAGAGAGUGAACAACUUGCGUCGCGACCACAGAACGUCAAAUCACGGAGACAAACUUAGCUCCCAUGGCAACGCACCGCGGUGAAAAGCAGUAAACAAAGAUUUUUCGCAGUCUUCGCUAAAAGUUCAGAUUUAUUUCGGUCUAAAUACGAUAAAAAUGGUGAUCUUCUGAUUCAACCCAUGCAAUUUGUGUGGUACGCAACUGUACCUUUGAACAAAGAUAAUGAGUAGCGAAAAGGUUCUCUAUCGACACGAGGAUCCGCAUGGCCAGGGCGAUGUGUACUUUUUGUGGCAAACUGGUGGUUCGGCCCAGCUUAUGGCCACAACCGGAAGUGAUGGAACGGUAGCAGUUUUUAAUAGACAAGGUCAACUGAUAGAGCGAAUCGCACUGCAAAGCUUAUGCGCAGGAUUUGCCUGGGAUAGGGACGGUGACGUGUUGGCGAUUAUUACCCAAAAUUCUUCACAGCUAAUCGUCUGGGAUUCAAAUUCGCAGAAAAAGCAAAGCGUUGAUAUUGGCGUAAGGGAUCCACCUAGUUGCAUCGUGUGGUCAAAACGUGGUAACCUGCUGGCUGUGGCCACCACCCGAGGCAACCUCUCAAUCUACAACCAUUCGACAACGAAACGAAUACCAAUAUUAGGAAAGCAUACCAAACGAAUUUCAUGCGGUGCAUGGUCCACGGAAAAUAUUCUAGCUUUGGGGAGCGAAGAUAAAAGUCUGUCCCUGAGCAACGAAGAAGGCGACACUCUACGAUCGGUCCAGCUGAGGGAUCAUCCCAGUGAUAUGCACUUCGCCGAGAUGAAAACCGACGAAAGAGUGCCGGGAGAGAACACAAUCAGCAUGAUAUUGGGAAAGCGAACGCUUUUCCUGUACCAUCUUCCAGAACCGGACUCACCGACUGAGCUUGGAUUUCAACAGCGAUACGGCUCAUUGCUUCAACACAAAUGGUUCGGGGAUGGUUAUGUCUUGCUAGGAUUUAGCCUUGGACACGUAGUGGCCAUUUCCACCCACCCAAGGGAAGUUGGCCAGGAACUGUGGCAGGUGAAGAACCAUCGAGAUUCGCUGAAUAGUAUUGCAGUGUGCAAAGAGCUCGAACUGAUCGCAUCCUGUGGUGAUAACAACGUUAAAAUACACUCGAUGUCUAACCUUCAGGAAACGGUGAAAAUAUUGACCCUUCACGACCAAGCAGCGAUGAAGAACAUCGAAUGGAGCUCCGACGGGCAACUGCUGGGUGUGACCACCUCGCAGGGCGCUAUCUGUGUAUUUGUUACCAAGCUUCACUCACUGUGCGCAAUAUUUCCACCACGAAUCGCGUUACUGUCUAGCCUUGCAGAAGUAGCGAUACAUCACUACGCGCCGGAUAAGGUGAAAUCCACUCCGACCAUGAUUGCACUGGAGAUUGAACCAUCUUUUCUGGCGAUCGGACCGUACCAUUUGGCUUGCGGAAUGAACAACCACGUAUGGUUCUACGAUUUAGGUCGAACGAUGAAUGACAGUCCACUGUUACUGGGCGAUCGGGAGUAUAUGUCGGAAAUCAAGAGUGUAGCACUGAGUUCGGAGUACUGUGCCGUGCUCUGCGGUGGACAGAUUAUGCUACACCCGAUUGAAUCUACCAACGAGGCAACCAUGAACCGUGAACCAAAGGUUUUCCCAGACGAAAUCCGCGGGAUGGCCGAAUCAGUUAUCACCUGUCAAGCACUGACCAAUGAUUUCCUUUGCUUUGCUACUGAUCUGGGCAAUGUUAUCCAUUUCUCACUGGAGCGCUGGUCCACGGUGACUCAGUUCCGGCAUCAGGUCGGCAUAAAAGCUUUGUAUUGUGACUUGGACGGAACACGCAUUGUGCUGAUUGAUGACCACAGCCACGGAUUUGUGUACAUAUCAGCUACCGAAGAAACGAUUCGCAUUCCAGACCUCCCAAAGCACGUGGUAGGUGUGAUGUGGGACUACUCUCACCCUGCCGUGUUUGUUGCGUUCGAUCGGAAUAGCUGUAUAACAUAUGCUUUUGUACGAGCCUCAAUCUAUGGCAAGAAAGUGGAGAAGGUUGGUACGACCAGCUUAAUCAGCGAGCAGAUUCCAUUGAUGCUGUACGACGGAGAAUUAUGUUUACAUGGCAGCGGAGGAAGAUUAAGCACCAUUGUAUUGGACACUCACGCAAAUAAACCCGGCAGGGAUGCUAAAGAGCAGCUGCAAUCUGUAACGACUAUGAGAAAGUACAACGAAGCUUGGGAACUGUGCAAUCUCUUGGGCGAUUUGGACGAAUGGAGACGGCUGGGACGAUCGGCGAUAGCUGAUUUAAAUAUUACUUUCGCUAUUAAAGUGUACCGUCAAAUUGGGGACGUUGCGAUGGUUUACGCGCUGGAAGACAUAGUACAAAUAGAGGAUCUCAAUACGUUGGCUGGUUUCUGCGCGUUGUUGCUAGAUAAAGUAGACGAAGCAAAGACGCUUUUUACGAAGAGUGGUAACCCGCAAGAAGCGCUGGAGCUUUGUCGAGAUUUGUUACAAUGGGAACAGGCCAUGGCUCUAGCUGGAUCGCUUGCCCCCGAGCAGCUUCCAUUUUUAGCCCGAGAGUAUGCUCAACAGCUGGAAUUUACAGGCAAUCAAGCGGAAGCUCUCAAGAACUACGAACGUGGUCUCAAAAGUGACAUCAUGCCGAAAACACCGAGUGGGAUGGUUGAACAAGAACAGCUUAACCAGCACGUUGCUCUAUGCAAAGCAGGAAUCUCUCGUACAAGUAUAAAAUGCGGCGACUAUCGACGUGGAGUCCAGGUGGCACUGGGGCUUGACGACAAGCAGCUUUACGCUGAUUGUGGCGAAGCACUAAUUGCCGCUAGAAACUUAAACGAAGCUGCAACCCUGCUUGAACGCGCAGAAAGCUGGGACAAAUGUUGCGAGCUUUACAUUCAGCUGAAACUGUGGAAAAAGGUAGACCGAAUUCUACCGCAUGUGACCAGCCUUAAGUUACAUGCUGCCUAUGCCAAAGCGAAGGAAGCGGAGGGAAGUUAUGCCGAAGCUAUCAACAGUUACCAGGUGGCGGGCGAUUUAGACAGUGUCGUAAGAAUAUACCUCGAACAUCUCUCAGACCCUCAUAGUGCUUCCGAAAUUCUACUUGAAACUCGGUCAGUCGAAGGAUCUAAAUUGCUUUCAAAAUACUUCGAGCAACAUGGUGAUUACGAAUCUGCGAUUCAGUUUCUUUUGCUAUGCGGUUCGGUAGCCGACGCAUUUGCAAUCGCUCAGAAGCAGAAUAAAAUUCGAUAUUACGGAGAAGUCUUGGAGCAAAGCUCUAACGCAAAACCAAGUGAUUACUUAUUGCUAGCCACGUAUUUUGAAAACGAAAAAUACACACUGUUGGCUGGAAAGUACUUUUUCCUAGGAAAAGAGUACGCAAAAGCUUUAAAACAUUUGCUGAAGGCAGCUUCCUUCAGCAACGAGGAAGGUAUCGCUCUCUCGCUUGCCAUCGAUUGUGUCGCUUCGGCAAACGAUGAAAAACUGUCUAACCAGCUCAUAGAGUAUCUACUCGGGGAAGUCGAUGGCGUUCCGAAAGAUCCUAAACUGCUUUUCAGGCUCUAUAUGGCUAAAAGGCAAUUCAAGGAGGCAGCCAAAGCGGCAAUGAUUAUCGCCAACCAGGAACAGAUUUCUGGCAACUAUCGCAGUGCUCACGAUUUACUGUUUUCGAUGUAUCAGGAGCUCAAACGGAACAAUCUUACAAUAGCGUCGGAUAUGAAGGCUUCUCUCACUCUGCUCCACCGGUACACGCUGGUUAGGACACAUGUCAAACGGGGAAAUCAUCUGCUUGCAGCGAAAUUGCUCCUUGAAGUUUCCAAGAAUAUUUCCCAGUUUCCAUCACACGUUGUUCCGAUUCUAACAUCCACAGUGAUCGAGUGUCAUCGAACCGGAUUACGGAAAUCGGCAUUCGAGUAUGCGGUUAUGUUGAUGCGAUCUGAAUUCCGUAAUCAAAUAGAUGCAAAAUAUGCCAAAAAGAUAGAAUCAAUUGUACGCAAGGCUCCCCGCGGACAACUGGAGGACGAGGGUGGCUACGAUACCGGCCCCUGUCCAGUAUGUGAUGCCAGCUUGCCGAGCAUGGAUUUCAUAUGCAGCCAGUGCAAAACAACUUUGCCUAUUUGCAUUGCCACGGGCCAGCAUAUUGUCAAAGAUGACGUGGUUGCCUGUCCAGAGUGUGACUUUCCAGCAUUGAAGGUGGAAUUCAUCAACAUUUUAGAAUCAACCGACAACCAGUGUCCGAUGUGUGGAGAAGAUAUCGACGGUAGCAGAUUGGUGGAUAUCGGUGAUAUUGAACCGUACAUCGGAACGGGAACGUGAUUUAACAAUCAUGCUCUCGCUCAGUGAAACAAUACUCGAAGAAACGAAAAGUCAUGGCAUUCCUUAAGCGUACCUUAACAAACAAUUCAAAGUGCUUUAAUGUGAGUAUCUCAGUUUUUUUUAUUUGCAUAUUAUAUAUGUGAUUUAGAUCAGA